AUGGUCAAACAAGUGUUAAGCGAAGAAUGUCGCCCAUCCGUUGAGUCACAGUCAGGCAACGAAAGCAUCGAUGCCUUCGACAAAUCCUCCUCACACCCAAAGAACAAAUGGUUUUCACUACCAGAAAUCGAUCAGCAAGGAAUUACCCCCAUACCUGAAGACGAGCGUCCCCACGAACGAAUCACGGAUAACUUUACGAUGUGGUUCAGCAUCAACUCUAACUGGAUAGCUAUGUCAAUUGGUAUGCUCGCUACACAAAUAUACCACAUCAAAUUCUAUGAAGGUCUGCUCUGUAUUAUAUUUGGCAAUAUGGUUUCUGCUCUUCCAGGGGCAGUGUUCGCCACAUUCGGUGCUCGAUAUGGCUUGCGACAAAGUGUGAUAGCCAGGUACAGCUAUGGCAUGAUCCCAAGCUCGAUUGUAUCAGCCAUUAUUGUUCUUUCAUACUUUGGCUGGGGCAUCGUUGACAUUAUUCUUGCUGCUCAGUUGUUGACCGCAGUCCAGUCACAUUACGGUGCUUCAGCUGAUUUUCCGUUAUGGGCCGGUAUUCUUGUGAUUAUCGCGGUAACAUUGGCGAUUGGCGUUUUUGGAUACUCUAUCGUCCAUUUAGUCGAGCGUUGGACCUGGUUGCCACUUUGGAUCAUAUUUUUCAUCAUUCUUGGGUUAAGCGCGCCGCAUAUGGAUCUCUCCGCGGCAACGUCCAGUAGUGUACAAAGCGAUGUAGGCGACAUCGUGUCAUUCUUUGCAACGAUCGCCUCUACUAAUCCUGUAUGGGUCCAGUGCGCUGCAGAUCUCACAUCGAAACAGCCAGCAACAUUCAACAGAUACGUGAUAGCGCUAUUGACGUAUUUUGGAGCAGUCAUCCCUAUUAUUCUUCUGGAAAUCUUUGGAUUCUCACUUGCUAUAUCGAUAGCACAGCCAGAUCAGAAUCCAACGUGGAGAGCAGGGUAUGAAGCCAAUAGCGCGGGUGGACUAGCUAGCGCAAUCCUUGAGCCAGUAGCAGGCUUUGGUAAACUUUGUUUGGCUAUUAUGGCUUUCGGCAUGAUUGUUCACGUAGUACCAAACAAUUACGGAGCAUCACUGACAAUGCAAGCCUUGAUCCCCGGUCUACACAAAAUUCCAAUAUGGGUACUCACAAUACUGACGGCAGCCAUCAUUACUAUUGCAGCCAUUGCGGGUGCCGAGCAUCUUGCAGCUAUAUUGCAAGGCAUUUUACCAUUCCAAAUGUACUGCAUGUCGCCUUACAUAGCGAUAUUACUUAUCGAACACUUUGUGAUGCGUAGCGGUCAUUAUCCGAUUGACAUCUGGAAUUCUCGCAGCGAGUUACCUAUAGGAUUGGCUGCCACUUUCUCGACAGUGGGCGGUUAUGCUUUCGCUUUUUUGGGAGCAAACCAAAGCUUUUUCACUGGGCCCAUAGCUCAACGCAUUGGUGAACAUUAUGGUGAAGUUGAUAAAUGA